AAUAAAAUGUAACGAACAGCGUAAAUAUAGCGAAAUAAUAAAGCACACGCGCUUUUAAGUUCAACGUACACGUAAGUUUGGUGUCAAUAAAGUUUAGCGUUCCGUGUGGGCGGGGCUUGUCGGGAUAUGUCUCCAGUCACGUGUACAGCACCGUGUGUAGCCGUGAACGUGUUUUGCGUGACUGGAACGAACAGGGCGUCUGAGUGACCGACGUGACGCGCUCAAAACACGGCAAAUCUCCAUUAAACGCCGCUGAUCACUGUUAUAAUACUUUAAAACAACCGGAUUUGAGGAAACCUGCACAUUAUCCACAUAUAUUUGGAUUUUCGUCGUCUUUGGGGAUUGAUUUCGCUCUGGAUGAAGGCACGGUCAUCGCGAUACACAAGCUCAAACGGGGAAGAGGAUGAAGGAUGAAGAUCGCAUGAGAGCGAUGGCCAAGUUUAAAAACAAAAGGAUGGAGAAGUCGAAGCCGGAGUCGGAGAGGGAUUCGGGAUUCUCAGACGGCAGCUCUGAGCACCUGAGUGUGAUCGACCGCCCCGAGGACUCCCGGCUGGUGCAGGGACUCUCGCCGAUGAUCAUCAUGAACAAUGUUGUCCUGAAACAGCCUGGAGAAGGCCGUGUGUGUGUGAAGCCCUGGCCCGUGGACGUGGUUCCUCAGCCUCAGGUCGUGUUCCUCCAGCCUGUGGUCCCGAACACACACACACACACCAAACACACGUCACAGCGCCGCCGGCACCGGAAGCUCCUCCCGAUCCGCAAGUCGUAUCCCAGAAUCGCUCCUCAUCCCGGAGACACUGCUCUUCAGAGCGACAGCGAGCGCUCCAGUUCCUCUCCGAGCGAGUCCGGCUCGCGUCCCGGCGCUCCUGUCCCGGAGACCCCCGCAGAGUCCGAUCCGAGACCCGAGUCCACGGACGACCGUUCCCGUUCCCACACGGACAACCGGCUCAAGCGCUUCUGCAACACGUACAACAUCCUGCGCUCGUCGGGUCUGCUGGACAUCACGCUGCGCACCAAAGACCUGAUCCGGCAGAACCGGCGCACGCAGGCCGAGCUGGACCGGCUCCGGGAACACACACGCAUGUUCAUGCAGGCGCUGGAGAGCGGAGACCCGGGGCUCUGGAGGAGCCUGGAGACCAGCCUGCAGGACCAGUGACGUGUGUGUGUGUGUGUGUGUGUCGAGGUCAGAGUUAUGAUCACUGUUAAUGGACUGUAUGGAUGUUUCACUCGUUGAGACGCUUCUGCCUUAAACUAGAUCAGUGCAUAAGCUGUUUACACUCACUUCCCUCUCUCACACACACUCACACACACGUGUGUAUCAAAGCAAAGGCAUAAACAUUAGGCCUGGUAUUAACAACAGUUUUGAAUCGUUCAUUCAAGAGAUUUGUUCAAAAACGCUGAUUCAUCCAGUAAUGAAGCAAGUGAAGUCAUUGAAUCAUUCACUUAAGAGAUUCGUUCAGAAAUGCUGUUUAAUCCAUUUAAAAAGUGAUUUAGAGUUUUGUUCUGUGAUUAGAUUUGGUUCUUUGUUUGAAUCAAACUCGUGAUUCUCAGUCUGGCCUGAUUCGUGCAGCUCUAACAGUCAGAGACGCAGUGUUGAUCCUCACACACACGGACCUGAUGAACGAUCAUGUGCUCAUCGUCUGGCCUUACUCGAGGGAGCUUCAGUGGCAGCUAUCACAUGACCACCAGUUCAUCCAAUCACGGCUUGACGUCCUCCUGUGGAAUACGGAUCAUGUUCAAACGCCGACUAAAGCAUUAGCAGUAGCACAGAAAGCGUUGGGUUGUGUGACUCUUAUCGCCUUGCUUUAAUGGCUCUUUAAAACAAUACAAAAAACAUUUAGUGGUUUUGAUACAGAUUUAUACGUGUCUUCGCUAAAUCAGCACAAGCAUUUCUGUGAACCGUACGAAGGCCUCAGUCCUGCCCAUCAUCUGCAAACCGGUUUCCUGUCUUUUGUAAAUAUUGUGUAUAAAGAUGUAAUUUUAUAUUUUGCUUUGUUGUUCAUCCACACGUUUGCAGUCUCGAGCUCAACACUACUUUCACAAACAUGUGGCCUGAUAUUCAUAAUCGCUCUGAAAAUCAUCGUACAGGAUAUAAAUGAACAUUUCUCAGCGGGGCAAACCCAAAACUGGUCAAAUGUUUGCAUUUUUACUUGUGUUUUUCUAAGUUUUUUAUUGUUAUUUACCACUUUAAAACAUGGAUUACUGAAUACUACACUGUCAAAUGUUUUCAUGGCAUAAAGUUAUUAAAAUAAUUUUAAAUGUCAA